AUGGCGAUGACUCGAGGUACAAUCGACGAACGCUUGACUAGUUUUAUGGCGUCUUCAGCUCAGGCGGCGGCGGAGCUCGACGACAAGAUCGCCAAUUCGCAUAUGGUUCAAUUGCAGGCGCUCCUGACCCGCGCGGAAGGUCACUCGCAACAAUUCGUCACUCUGACGACGCGAUUGGACGGGCUAGAGACUCGUUCAUCGACUCGCUUCACCGAAUUGGCAACUCGUUGGGAUAAUCGCUUUGAUCGAUUAACUCGAGAGGUUCGCGAUAUGCUUCACGGAAUUCUUCCUCUUAGGCCGGUGGAGGCAAUUGUCGCGCGGUUGCACCGCUGGAGGAUCGGAUUGGCGCUGAGGGCAUUUUGCCUCUUCCCCAAAAUCAUCAAGUAG